UUCACAUAUCGGUUGCGCAAAGGCGCCGGAAAAUAACUGCACACAUUAUUUGAUGACGUAGAACGCAUUCAACGAAUUUGUGUACACAAAAGCUGACAACAUGGCCGAAUCUUCGACACGAGUUCGGGAGCUCGAACAGUCUCUGUGUAAGCAGACCAAGAAGUCGGCCAUUGACCAAACCGAGCAGCCAUCCAGUGACCAGACAGCCAAUGACCCGACCAAGCAGCCAGCCAGUGACCAGACAGAGCACAUAGCCAGUGACCAGAUGACUUCAUUCAGGGAGCUUGAGCAGUCUCUGUGGAAUUGGACUGAGCAGUCAUCCAGCAACCAGUCAGAGCAGUCAGUCAGAAACCAGACAGAGCAUUCUGAUAGUGACCAACUCGAGCAGUUGGCGAGCAAGCAGACCAAGCAGUCAGCCAGUAACUAUGUCGAGAUGUUACCCAGUGAUGAAACUGUAAAGAAGUUCAAUGAUGUGACCAGACAACCACCAAGCUCCAAUACUGAACAGAUAAUCAGGAUUUGUGCUGGAGAUUACAUAUUGAUCAAACAUGGUAGAAGUUUUCUUCCUGGCGUAGUGAGUUACAAGGAAGACAAGUGA